CAGGACUGUAGCUCCCGGUCUGAAAAAAUUCGGAUGGACGACCUGGGAGCUACAGUGCCUCCCAUAGUAAAAAACUGCAAUUUACGGCGCACAAAAAAUUGCGCUAGUUUUGGACUUAUUAACCUUAUUUUCAUACAAAUUCUGUAAAAAUAAUAAGUACCAUUAAAUUCUUCAGCAAAUUUACUACUGAUAUCGUCACUACACUUGCCUCAGAUCUUCUCUUAAACAUGAUAACCGACCUCGGAAAAAGAAGGAUGCUAAUUUACGUCGAGAUCGAGAGUCGCCAUUUUUAAAUGUAAACAAACUUGCACCUCUUUAAUUUACAGGGCUGGUGAUGGUGUUUAAAAGACUAUCAGAAGUAAGUGAAGUGACGAUAUCUGUAGUAAAAUGUCCGAGGAAUUUUUUGGGAUCAAAGAUUUGUACAGAAUUUGUAUGAAAAUAAGGUUAAUAAGUCCAAAACUAGCGCAAUUUUUUGUGCGCCGUAAAUUGCAGUUUUUUACUAUGGGAGGCACUGUAGCUCCCAGGUCGUCCAUCCGAAUUUUUUCAGACCGGGAGCUACAGUCCUGCAGCUAUCAGGUGACCACAUUCCACAGAAGCUCAGCCAUUUAAAAAUACAAUGUAGAAGAAUAAUCACGAAAAAUCAUGGAUCCCCGUACUAGUGCCCAGGAUGUACACAGAUGUGACCAUUGUGAGACCGCCAUAGUACACAGCUACUGUGACUUUUGUCAUGUCAACCUCUGCAAGCCCUGUGUAGUAGAUCACAUCUCAGAUGGAUAUGACAAACAUAAAAUUGUCCCUUUCCAGGAACGAAGGUCGACCCUCAUUUAUCCGAAUUGUGGAAAACAUCCACAGAAAAACUGCGAAUUGCAAUGCAGGGAAUGCUGCAGUUUUGUAUGCUCUUCCUGUAUGGCAUCUGAUCAGCACAAGGGACAUAGCUUUGCCGAAGUCACAGAAGUUUACAAGACAAAGAAAGACAUUAUUGAAAAAGAUACGAAAGAGUAUGAAAACUCAAUUUCUCCUAAAUAUGAGAAAAUUGUGCUUGACUUGGAAAAUCAGCUUGUAAACCUAGAUGGAGGAUAUGAGAAACUUACGACAAAAAUGUCCAAACAAGGAGAGCAAUGGCACAAAGAAAUCGACAUUGUCAUCAACAAAAUGAAAACUGAAAUCAGCGAGAUAAAAGUGAAACACAGAGACAUUUUACAGAAACACCUGGAUGAAAUCAAACAGAUACAUUCCCUCAUAAAACAAACAUUACUUGCUAUUAAAGAAAUAAAGACCUCCACUGAAUUGGCCCCAACCAUUAAGUACAGCUCUAAGAUCAGAGAGUUCAGCAAGCUUCCACCCAAGAUUCAGGUAUCAUUGCCAACAUUCAUUUCAAAACCAAUAGACCGUGAGAAGCUGUAUAGUUUGUUUGGACAGAUCACCCCAUUAUCAACUGCUUCAGAAGAAAAUGUCUUGUCACCGAACCAACCCAACACUUCAGUGAGAGAACUACUGGAUGAACCGGAGCUAGUUGCCACAAUACAGACGGGGGAUAACGAUUUACGCUGUGUUACCUAUAUAAAUGAUGACAAGAUAUGGACUAGUGGGAGGACCAAAGAAAUACAAUGCUUCAAUGCUUAUGGUUCACUCCAACAGACAAUUGUUACAAAAUCAGGACGAGUGCCUUAUGAUAUAGCUGUAGACGUAGGCAGGGAUCUACUGUACUCUGAUGGGACAGUUAGGACAGUGAAUAAAGUGAAGAAUGGACAGACAGAAGAGUUGAUCAGAUUACAGGGAUGGAGGCCAGUCAAUCUGUGUGUCACCUCUACUGGUGAUCUUCUGGUUACCAUGUGCAGUGAGGAUUACACUCAAUCCAAAGCUGUCCGUUACUCCGGAUCUACAGAGAAACAAGAGAAACAAACUAUUCAAUUUGAUGAUGAAGGUAAGCCUCUGUACUCGGGAAAUAAAAACGUUAAAUACAUCACAGAGAACAGAAACCAUGAUGUCUGUGUAGCUGACUGUGGGGCUGGUGCAGUAGUGGUGGUUAAUCAGGACGGGAAACUCAGAUGGAGAUACACCGGUCAUCCCUCAACCACCAAGACCAAACCAUUUAAACCCCGUGGGAUCACGUCAGAUAGUCAGAGUCAUAUCCUGACAGCAGACUUUGACAGCCAUUGUAUCCACAUUCUGGAUCAGAAUGGACAGUUUCUCCGUUACAUUGAUAACUGUGAUCUGAAGAAUCCUUACGGUUUAUGUGUUGACAAUAAUGACAAUCUGUUUGUGUGUGAGUACAACAAAGGCAAUGGCGAUUCGCAGCUGAAGCUGCAGUACAUCCGGGACUUUAGAAUAAGGAACCGACCCACGGGUCCCACCAUUUCAGAGCUGUCCUGCAUCUUCUAUAACAAGCAUCCUUUUUAUUCCAAGUAAU